UAUAUCACCCAGGUUAUUGAAAGUGCCUUUACUCGGUUGCCUUCGACGAAGACACUUCACUUUUACUUUGUCAAACCGACCAACUUUCGUCAAUCAUGCGCGAGUGUAUUUCAGUCCACGUUGGGCAAGCCGGUGUCCAGAUUGGUAAUGCUUGUUGGGAGUUGUACUGCCUUGAACAUGGAAUUCAGCCUGAUGGUCAAAUGCCCAGUGACAAGACGAUCGGAGGCGGUGAUGACUCGUUCAACACAUUUUUCAGUGAAACUGGCGCAGGAAAACAUGUUCCUAGAGCUGUUUUCGUCGAUCUGGAGCCAAGUGUAGUCGAUGAGGUGAGAACUGGAACCUACCGUCAACUAUUCCAUCCAGAACAAUUGGUCACAGGCAAAGAAGAUGCAGCCAAUAAUUAUGCCCGAGGUCAUUAUACUAUUGGGAAAAGUCUCAUUGAUUUAGUACUUGAUAGAAUACGAAAAUUGGUAUGUACAGCAAAAAACUGAAUGAUGGCAUUGAUUAUUUACAGGCAGUUAUAACAG